GCGGUCGCAUCACCGGGACAGGAUGAGCGCUCCCAGGUUGUGACUGAUGUUGUCGUCUUCGUUCGCAGCUGCGUGACUAGGUCUGCUUCACCCCAUCUCCUCAAUGUACGGAAAAUUCCAAGCCUGACUCCGUCAAUCAAAGAUCGGUCGCUGUGGCCUCCAUCUCGUGGCCGUAUGCGCCCGCACGCGAUCCGGGCGGGGAAUGCCUUGAAAUCAAGCCUUCCGUCCGCCCGAGAGGGUUCUUCCACGCCUCAUAUCUCCCGCUUGCGGGACGGCCGCCGAAUGAAAUCAAGGUUGGUGUGGGGCACAUGCUUGAAUUAUCGCGUCUGUGGUGUUCCGUGCCUCUCUGCCUUGCCGGUUUCUCAGUUCCUCGACUGCCUUUGAAAGUGGAGAAAAGAGGCCUGGACUGCGAUCUUUACCGCGCCAAAGUGAGAGACCAGCUACAAAACUAUCAGGUCUUUACUGUAUGCGCGUCCUCUGGGAUGUGUUCGAAACUGCCGUUAACAUCACCGCUGAUGCUUAUGGCUGGAAUCACCCCUGGACUCAAGGCGACAUUUCAUUCU